CGGGCACUCAGUUGGCGGCGUCCCGGCAGGCGUCCCGGCACGGCGCCGAACCGACAUUCCUUGCUCCAUGGGCAGCUGGCCCGUCUGGAGUCCUUGACAUCGUCUGCGGUCCUCACGAGUGCCGUCACCGCAUCACGGCCAUGUCAGCUCGGUAUGGCAUUGGUCCGUCGUGGCGUCGCACAAUGUCCGCCGCAGCUGCGUGUCCUCGCCGUCCUCACCGAGCAGAGAUCUGACAGCCGCUGCUUGACCUCUGCGUUCACCAACCCGAGCCUGCGUUGAGCGGCCAGUCACAGACGACGGCCGUCCCGGCCCUGCCCCCGUUGGCCGUGACGGGCUGUUGGUCAGACUCUGUUGGUCAGCGCCACGCUGCAUUUGCCGAGCCCGUCACGACCUCAUCGCCGUCGAGCGUGCGACGGACACGCGGCAUCUCGACGCCGGCCGCGUCGGCGAUAGAGUCGCUGCGGCCGACCAGCACAAUGCCAUGCGGGCUAUUGACAGCAUCAUUGACUUGCAUGCGUUGGUCCCGGUUGCACCGCGCACUUGUCUCGCUACACAACGCGACCAACACCGGGCCAACACACGGACCAGCCCGAUUCUGCACGCACGCAUCCGCUUGUCUGACAAUGAUGCUUGGACCCUGCGUGGAGUGCCCCGGGGCUGGACGUCGCCGGGGCUGGACGCCGCCGGACAAUGCGUCGCACGGCAUCGUAUCGGCGCCAUCGCCGCGACACGGCGCACAAGACUCGAUCGGACCGCGUCGGUUGCGUGUGCGACCAUGCCCGCGAUUGUCUGUGCUUUCUGCGCUCCCGCCGCAUCGGUGCGACCACGCCGUGGUUGGUGCUGAUUAUGCGCUCCCACUGCAUCAGCCCUCGCAGAUCUGAAGCGCACCCGCACGCCGAGAUCCAUUGUCCUAAUGCCCGCAGAGCAAUGACUGGCGGGCGGCCCCGUGGCUGCCAGGCUGCGGGCCGCCAGCUCCAUCGCAACCCGCGACGCGGCACAUCAUCGUGGGGGCCACCAGUCUGGUCGGCGACUCACGCCUGGCGAGCGAUGCGGGCCGUGUAUCUGUGGCACACAUGUGCGAUAUAUACCCCUCGCGGGCAUCGCGUCCCUCCGGGCGUCUGCCCUCCAACGCCGACGACAUGGCCGUGACCGCCCUGGCCUGCCUCUGCGUGCUGGCAUCGGCCCUCGUCGCCCUCGCCGUCUACCGCGCCGCCCUCCCGAGGCCCCUGCCCGGCAUCCCGUACAAUGCCGCGGCGGCCCGGCGCGUCCUGGGCGACCUCGGGGCCAUGCGCUCCGCCCGAUACCGCCGCCAGUGGAUCUGGAGCCAGCCGCGCGAGCACGGCGCGCCCCUGUCGCAGGCCUUUCUGUUCCCCUUUCGCCGGCCGGCCGUCAUCGUGUCCGACUACCGCACCGCCGUCGACAUUUGCGCCCGCCGCGCCCGCGAGUUCGACCGCGGCUCCCGCAACCGCGAGUGCGUCGGCCUCACCGCGCCCGCCUUUCACUUCACCAUGGAGUCGCGCGACCCGCGCUUCCGCCUGCACCGCGAGAUUCUGCGCGACCUCAUGUCGCCGUGGUUCCUGCAAGAGGUCGCCGCCCCCCGCGUCUACGAAAAGGCCGCCCUGCUCGUCGAGCUGUGGCGGACCAAGCGCCACAAGGCCGCCGGCCGCCCCUUUGCCGCCGGCCGCGACCUGCACCUCGCCACCCUCGACAUGAUCUCGAGCGUCGCCUUUGGCAUGGAGGAGUCCAGGUCGUCGCUCAGGGCCGAGCUCGCCGCCGCCCGCCGCUCCGCCCCGGCCGACGCGGAGCCCGCCCGCUUCCCCCCCGCCCCCGAGGACCCCGAGGCCGAGGCCCUCCUCGACAUCCCCGACAUGAUUGCCGUCGCCCAGGCCAGCCCGUUUCCCGCCCUCGCCCAGCGCCUGGCCCUGCUCAAGCCCAGGCACGCCCGCGCCCACUGGCACCGCCGCCGGCUCCUCAGGCGCCAGACGGAGCGCUGCCUCGACACCCUCGCCGCCGACAAGCACGUCCCCGACUGCGCCCUCCACCAGCUGCUCUGGCGCGAGAAGAUGGCCGCCCGCCGGGCAGGACGCCCUCCGGAUUUCUACUCUCCAGCCAUCCGCGACGAGGUCCUCGGAUACCUCCUCGCCGGCCACGACACCACCGCCGCCGUCCUCGCCUGGUGGAUCAAGCACAUGACGCGCCACCAGCACGUCCAGGCCCGCCUCCGCCGCGCCCUGCGAGACGCCCACCCCGCCGCCCGCCGCGACCGCCGCCCCCCGACCCUCGCCGAGCUCUCCUCCGCCCCCGUCCCCUACCUCGACGCCGUCCUCGAGGAGACGCUGCGCUGCGCUUCCGUCGCCACCCUCAUCGUCCGCACCGCCACCUGCGACACCCACAUCCACGGCUACCCCAUCCCCCGCGGCACCGACGUCGUCAUCCCCCUCACCGGCCCCUCCCUCACCGAGCCCGCCCUCGGAUCCGCCCUCGACGCCGCCCCCGCCGCCUCCUGGCCCGACCACGACAUCGAGCUCUACCUCCCCGACCGCUGGCUGCGCCCCGACGGCUCCUUUGACCCCCACGCCGGCCCGACCCUCGCCUUUUCCGUCGGCCCCAGGCGCUGCUUUGGCAAGAAGCAGGCUCUCCUCCAGUUGAAGACGACCGCCGCCCUGCUGCUGUGGGAGUUUUGCUUCCUGCCCCUGGACCCCGCCCUCGACGGCUGGGACAUUCACGAGAGGCUCGUCAAUCUGCCAAAGUGCUGCUUCGUCAAGCUCGCCCACGACUCUUUGUUCGACGGCGAGGCGCCCUUGGACGGUGGCGGCGGGAGCGUGUCAUGGUAGUCUAGUCGUUGCAUCACAUCCUUCAAGUGCAUCUCACGUCGCGUCUGUGUCUGUCCCCGCUGCCGUCGCCCGUGUCCGCUGUGCCCCGUGUCCGCUAUGUCCGUCAUGCC